CCGGUUAUGUCGAGGACAUACAUCACGAGGUGUUUAAUGACAGGAAAUAGAACCUGGUGCAGUUUGUAUACUUCAUGUUAAUAACCUUGGUGUGUUUUUAAUGUGUGUGUGUGUGUGUGUGUGCAGGACCUGAGUGUGUUCACGAUGUCCUUCCUGGAGGGAGAUUCAGGUCCAGACAGCGGCGGGAAGGGGGAGGCUGUGUGCCACUCAGCCAGCCCCACCAGGAGCUUCUUCCAUCGGGCUCCGUUCAGCCGGCCCUCCAGCCCCCACUCCAUUCGAGCCAGGACCUCCAGCUUCAGGAUGAGCUCCGCCAAAACCUUCUUCCCCUCCCAGUGUGGACCGCCCCAGCAGGACUCACCACCCAAGGCUCAACGCAGGCUGAGUUUCAGUGGGAUCUUCAGAUCCUCCAGGGAUUCAAACCAACAACCCUCCCCCUCCCCCGUCAGCAUCAAAAUGUUCACCCGCAGCAAGAGAGACAAGGCCAGAGCGUACAGCACCUCCUCCCGGCCUCCUCCCUCACCUCCCCCUCGUCAGGAGGAGGUGAGCAGUUUCCAUCUGGAGACGUACCUGACGGAGCCGAGGCGUCCAGAGACCAGGAGGCUGCGCUCCUUCUCCUCCCCUCCUGACCCCGGACAGCGCUCCUCCACCACCUCCACCACCUCCUGCUUCCAGCCGCCUCCUCCUGCUCCGCCUCGUCCUGUCAGGAGGCUGCAGGUGGAGGUCGCAGACGGCAUGUCGGAGCAGCCGGACCCCGAUGAUGCCGUGUCAGAGGAGUCAGAGAGAGACAUCUACAUGCGCUUCAUGAAGUGUCACAAGUGUUACGACAUCAUCCCCACCAGCUCCAAACUGGUGGUGUUUGACACCACAUUACAGGUGAAGAAAGCGUUCUUUGCUCUGGUGGCAAACGGGGUGAGAGCUGCUCCUCUGUGGGAGAGUAAGAAACAGAGCUUUGUAGGAAUGUUGACGAUCACAGACUUCAUCAACAUCCUGACCAGAUACUAUAAAUCCCCCAUGGUCCAGAUCUACGAGCUGGAGGAACAUAAAAUCGAGACAUGGAGAGAACUUUACCUGCAGGAGACCUUCAAACCUCUGGUCCACAUCUCACCUGACGCCAGUAUAUUUGAAGCCGUGUACUCGUUGAUAAAGAAUAAGAUCCAUCGUCUUCCCGUCAUCGACCCGCUCAGCGGGAACGCGCUCUACAUCCUGACGCACAAGAGGAUCCUCAAGUUCCUGCAGCUGUUCGUGUGUGAGAUGCCCAUGCCGGCCUUCAUGAAGCAGACUCUGGAGGAGCUCGCUGUGGGAACGUACGCCAACAUCGCCUACAUCCACCCCGACACGCCGCUCAUCACCGCGCUGUCCGUCUUCACGCACCGCCGCGUCUCCGCCCUGCCCGUCGUCGACCACAACGGUCAAGUGGUGGACAUCUACUCCAAGUUUGACGUCAUUAACCUGGCAGCAGAGAAGACGUACAACAACCUGGACAUGACCGUCACUCAGGCGCUCAGACACAGAUCACAGUACUUUGAAGGAGUCAUGAAGUGCAACAAACUGGAAACACUGGAGACCAUCGUGGACCGCAUCGUGAAGGCCGAGGUUCACAGGCUGGUUGUCGUUGAUGAGGAGUCUCGUAUCGUCGGUAUCGUCUCUCUGUCAGACAUCCUGCAGGCGUUGGUCCUGACCCCUGCAGGUCUAGGGAGGAAGGAGUCUCUCCCAUCUCAGCCGACAGUUUUAGACUCAACAGAAGAGACAGUAUGUAAACCUGGACUGGACCAGGACCAGGACUGCAGAGAUACUGACACUGCUGAGACCUGCCAGCAGGGUGAGACAGAGACAGAGAGAGGGACAGAGGGUGAGACAGAGACAGUGGGUGAGACAGAGAGGGGGACAGAGGGUGAGACAGAGACAGUGGAUAAGACAGAGGGUGAGACAGAGGUUGAGAUGGAGAAUAAGACAGAGGGUGAGACAGAGGUUGAGAUGGAGAAUAAGACAGAGGGUGAGACAGGGACACAGGGUGAGACAGUGGGUGAGACAGAGACGGUCGGUGAGACAGAGAGAAAGACAGAGGGUGAGACAGAGACACAGGGUGAGACAGUGGGUGAG